UGGCUUGAGCCAUAUUGGCUCAGGGCACCCAGACGGCCGCGGCCAUGUUCGACGACGGCGGCGCGGCAAUAGAGGAGAGCGCCUGCGGGGACUCGGAGAGAGAGUACCUCUGCGGAUCCAGCUCGGGGGCCGCCACAGGCCGCCCGGGGCCGCCCCAGAGAUCCCUGUUGACGCCCUGGGCCAGGGACACCAACCGGAAGGAGCUGCCGGAGCCCGGCUCGUGCCUCACCCAAGGGCAGAGGGCCGCUGCCGCAGCAGCGGCCGUGCUCUUGGUCGGGGCUUCGGUGGCGUUCGCCUACGGCUCGGCGCUGGGCGCGUUCGGGCAGGGCGGGGGCGGGCGCACUGACGCCGCGCCGCGCGGCGGCACUGUGCUGACGUCGCUGUCGGAGGACCACCCCGCCGGGGCCACGCAGAUCCAGGUGGAGUCCACGCACGGCUUCGAGAUAGGAGACGCGGUCACGAUCUCACACCCGGUUCUAUCCUGGUACUCGGAGGAUCGGGAGAUAGUGGACAUGGGCUCCAUCAUCCUCAACAGGCCGCUGGAGCACCGGUACCCCGCCGGCUCGCGGGUCCGGAGGCGCGCGGCGGUCGCCGGGGCGGGGGCGCCGAGGCCCGCGGGCCCGGCGGGAGCGCCCGCAGCGGCGGCCCCCUCGGAGG